AACUAAGUGCUGUGAGCAAGUAAUGUGUACUUCUUCGGCGCCGCAUUUUUAUAUAUCUGUGAAACAAUCAUUAUGUGUGUCAAUCUUUGACACCAAAAGCAAUUUAUUCGGUAUAUUCUCUUAAUUUGACAGUGACUUUUAUCACUUAAAUAAACCGUAGUUAAGCUAUGGAAAAAAGUACAGUUUCUUUUCAUGCAAUCUACGUGUGUGUAUAUAUUCUUUAACAGCAUUCCACAAAGUGGGUUUGAGGUGUGACGUGUUGGAUUACAAAACGCAUAUAAACUGGUAAUUAUCAGAAGCCGAAGCGAUGUGUUCACCAAACAUCGUUGCUGGAAAUUCAGCCUGAUUUGAGGAACUUGACACAGAAUAAGAUCUUGAAUGCAUUUAGUUCGAGACAUUUGACAUCAUGGCUGCUAUCGAUAUUGAUAUUAAAGCCUACAGAAAGAGUAUUGAUAUACACUUCCAUCAGUUAGCUUACACAACGCCGGGCAAAGACAGCGUCAAGAUACUCCAUGAUAUUUCUGGCAAAUUCAACUCCGGAAAGCUGACAGCCAUUCUUGGACCGUCUGGAGCUGGAAAAACCACUCUUCUCAACAUAUUAUCAGGCUUCAAGACUAAAGGAGUUACAGGGACAAUUCUUGUCAAUGGAGCAGUUCGGGAUAAGAAUGAUUUUAGAAAUAAGUCUUCCUACAUUCCACAAGAAUUCCCAAUGCUGGGAAAACUCACAACACUUGAGACAUUAAAAACUGCUGCUGAUUUAAAAUUGCCCGUGAAAUUGUCUGGCGAAGUUAAGCAGAAAAUUAUUUCCGAUGUGACACAAAUUCUAGGCUUGGAAAAAUGCCUCAACACUCGCGUGGAGACACUGUCCGGCGGAGAGCGGAAGCGUCUCUCGAUAGGAGUGGAGCUCAUCACGAAUCCUCCCGUGAUGUUCUUCGACGAGCCCACGAGUGGACUGGAUAGCGUGUCGUGUGAUCAGGUGGUGACCCAUCUGAAGGCACUGGCGCACUCUGGAAGAACAGUGGUUUGCGUCAUUCAUCAGCCCUCUUCGCACAUACUUGAACUCUUUGAUGACCUGUUCGUGCUGUCCGAAGGCCAGUGCAUAUAUAGUGGUGCUGUUGAUGGUAUCAUCCCAGCAUUCCAAGAAGCUGGAUAUGACUGUCCCCAAUACUACAAUCGUGCGGAUUUUGCUCUCGAAGUCGCCAGCGACGAGCGAGAUGGAAACUUAACUGCUCUGAUAGAGAAUCAUCGCAACAAGCAUGGUUCAUCGUUUGAAGAUACCGAUGGCUCGGGUGAUGAAUUUACGUACGUUUUGAGCCCCGAAUCGGCGGAUAAGAAGAAGCAAAAAUUGGUGCAAAAGACACAAAAGCUUGUGUAUCCUGUAUCAAGAUGGAAUCAAUUUCUCAUACUGUCGAAAAGAUCACUACUGUGUACUUACAGAGACUUCUUCUUUGCACAAUUACGGAUCAUCACACACAUAAUCGUUGCAAUGCUUCUUGGAUUUGUGUUUUUCGACAUCGGAUCAGAUGCUGCAAAUGUGCUAACCAACAUUUCGUGCCUCUUUUUCUUCAUUCUCUUCAUAUUCUUCGGGAACAGCAUGCCCACAGCUCUGUGUUAUCCAUCGGAAGCUUCUGUAUUUCUUCGUGAACACUUGAACAAUUGGUACUCACUUGGAGCAUACUUCAUGUCUAAGAUAAUAGCUGAUCUUCCUCUGCAAAUUAUGUGUCCGUCGCUCUUCAUUCUGAUCGGAUAUUUUCUGUCAGGACAACCACAGGAGGAGCAUCGCUUUGCCAUGAUGUGGUUUAUUUGCCUCUUGACAGCCAUCAGCGCUCAGGCGAUGGGAUUACUCGCCGGCGCUGCUUUCAAUGUUCAGAUGGGUAUCUUCCUGAUCCCUGCUUCUUGCAUCCCAAUGCUGGUCUUCUCAGGAUACUUCAUCCGAUUCAAUGAACUCCACUUCAUAUUUAAACCACUCAGUUAUAUAUCGCUGUUUCGAUAUAGCUUCGAAGGAUCCAUCCAAGCUAUUUACGGCUUCGAUCGGGGAAACUUGACGUGUUCAGAAACAUUCUGUUACUACAAGAAUGCUGACAAAAUACUCAAAACUUUGAACAUGACUGAAAAUACGUUCGGUUGGGAUCUCGCGGGUUUGCUCCUGUGGGCAGUUGUAUUUCAAAUAGGAGUUUUUAUUGCUCUGAAGAUUCGCCUCAGGCAAGCAAAGUAACAUAGGACAUCGUUUAUACAGUGUCCAAGAAAAUAAGGUGCUCAAAGUCGUGAGAAAUCUUUCCAUUUUUACGUAGAGACAAUUCUUAGUAUGUUAUAUAUUUUAUCAGAUUUUUUUUACAAACAAUAAAACAUUGAAAGAAAGAUUAAAAACAGUUUACUGAUCUUAUUAACAAAAAAAAACACACAUCUCCAGAUUAAUGACUCAACUGAGACGCACGUUAGCUUUGUGACUCAGCUUGGCAAACAAGUCUCAGUUGCGUUAACAAUUAAUAAUAAGAUAUACAUAUGAUUUUUUCUGAUCUAACAACAGGUUCUACAUCAAUAAAACGUCUAGAUUUACAUUAUAUAUCUUCUGGUGUUUCUGUAAAGUCAACGAAGGAAAUAUUCAACCAUUACAUUUUAUGCAAAUGUAAUUUUUCAAAGAACUGUCAAUGGUUUCACGUGAACAUAAUUAGUAAAUAAAG